GUUCCGCUAUCCUCCUUGUAUCAUUGUCCAUAUCGGCUGAAUUAGGUUAAAAUGGCCAGCUCUCCUUGGCCUAAUAACGCUCAGGCAGCUGUGAGCUUCACAGUAGAUAACCUGGGUGAAGCACAAGAGCUAAAUAGUGGUACCUGGCCGUCCCAUAUGCCAGUUGGACAACACGCGUCAGUGAUAGAGGCGCUACCGCGCAUGCUGAAGAUCCUCGACGAGUUUGCUGUCAAAGCAACUUUUUUUUUCGAGACCUGGAGUCUGGGAGUGUAUCCUACUGUUGGUCAGGAUGUAAUUAAUCGCGGGCAUGAACUUGCUUGGCACGGAUACCAGCAUGAGACCUGGUCUAAACUCUCCCCACAAGAAGAAGAGGCAAUCUUUGAACAGAGUUUCGCUAAUGCGAAAAAGUUGGAAAUCAAAUACGAUGGCUUUCGGCCUCCAGGUGGCCAGGUGAACGACAGCACGUACGAUUACCUGCACAAAUACGGUGUUCGUUAUAUAUCUCCAGCUGCAGAAAAGGCCGCGAUUGUGCGCAACAUCGUCAUCUUGCCAUUUCACUGGAAAAACACUGAUGCCUACUUCUAUAUGCACGAAUUCUCUGGGUUGCGACGGUUCUAUGGUUCUCGAGAAGAUGUACUGGAUUCGAAAACAUUGAAAGAUCAUUUUCUUCAGCAACUAGAGGAUGCCGUGGGGUCCAACGCGUACAUAUCCUUUCUCUUCCAUCCCGUACUUCAAACAAGCGAGGAGAAAUUCCUGGCCAUGAGAGAAGUGGUAGAGUUGGUUGCCAAAGAUUCCCGAAUAUGGUGCGCACCUUGCAAUCAAAUUGCUAAGUGGGUGCUACAACAUCCAGAGUCGUUUCCAACUGACCCUUCCUGGAUCAAAGCUAGUUGGCAGUAGUUUGUGUUAUAAUGCCAAUGAGUAAAGGCAAUUAUAUUUUGACAUAUUCUCUAAUACCAAGACAAAAUCAUCCUUUCAUGCAAAAU